ACAGCGCUCACACACGCUGCCGUCAGGAUGAGGGGAGAGCCGCUCACACACACAACAAGCCAGUGAUUGUACACACAAGCCCGGGUCACGCUGCAUGAAGCGACCUUUCCACACAGGCGCUCACAGGAGGCUGCGGCUGCGUUGCUUCCUCUUCACAAGCCCCACGUAAAAGGGCUGGGGGUGGAUCCUGACUGAGAGAAGCUCUCCCUGGGAACAACAACACCACCACCACCACGGAGCAGCCACGACUGCCGGCCAUGUGAUGUCUCCCUGAGGGGUGAGCUCGUACAAGCAAAACCGGCGGGAGGAACUGAAAGUGCACACAAGGUCAUGUGAGUUGUUAAAGUGACAUCUGGAUGACGACUUCACCAGGAAAGAUUAAAGAUCACGAUCGACAAGCACUACUGAUAUAGUGUACUAUUAAAUGACUGCUUUUGGACGAGCUUCAGAGACUGAAGGAGAGUCACAUCUGGACUUCAAAACCAAGUCUUCCAUGUUCUCACAAUGACCUUCCGACGUGUUGAUCAGCAUGAAGACAGAGUGUCACAUGAAUAACUCUUCCGUGAUUUCUGGAAAAUGUAUAUUAAUAGAGAGAGGCAUCAUUUAAAGGGUCUGAACGGAAUGUCUGCAGAUGACAAGACUGAAUCUCCCAUGUACGUGUAUGAGUCAACUGUACAUUGUACCAAUAUUCUUCAGUGCCUCAAUGACCAGUGGAAACAAGACAUUCUCUGUGAUGUCACUUUAGUUGUGGAAGGAAAGGAGUUUCGAGCCCAUCGAGCAGUGCUGGCUGCAAGCAGUGAGUACUUCCUGCAAGUGCUGGUUGGGCCAACGGAACACGGACUGCUACUCAGCUUGCCAGAAGAGGUCACUGCUAGAGGAUUUGGUCCAUUGUUGCAGUUUGCCUACACUGCGAAGCUAUUACUGAGCAGAGAAAACAUCCAAGAGGUCAUCCAAUGUGCUGAAUUCCUACGUAUGCAUAACCUGGAGGACUCCUGCUUCCGCUUCCUUCAGUCGCAGCUUCUAAACAACGAGGAUGGCUUGUUUCUGUGCAAGAAAGACACCUCAUGCCAGAGUGUGCACAAUGAGACUGUUGAUUGUGAAGAUGAAACUAUGGAAUCUGAAACCUCAAAAAUAUCUUGCCCCAAGGAAAGAGUGCACCAUGAGCCUUUUAACUUUGGUUCAGGCGAGAAAGCGCCAGAUAGAAAUGAAGUUAUUUUGCCUAAUUCCAAUAUGCAAAGGGAAAACAAAGAAAGCUUAGACAAGGAUCCUGAAAUCCGCUACCCACGAUAUAAGAAAUACCAGUUGGCUUGUACUAAGAAUGUCUACAAUACAUCACACAGUACCUCAGGUUUUACAAGCACAUUCAAUGAACAUAACUCUGAAAUUGGCCUAAAAUCAGGACUUCCUUUAAGCCAGAUAAAAAGUGAGCCAUGUGACGACGAUAAUGAUGAAGAGAGUGUUACACUUUGCUUGUCUGGAGAUGAUAAUGACAUCAGGGAAAAAGAUGAUGUUGAGAUGGUCAGGAAACAACCCAGCCCUGUUAGCAUUGAUCACACCAAAAGUGUGUCAUCUCCUUCCAAUCAAAGAACUUUUUUUAGUAGCGCUAAAGGGGGGGAAUUUAAUGACGUACCUGGUACUUCCCAACAAUGUUUUAUCAGAAGUCCUUCAUGCCCUGUAGAAAAGGGAGCAACUCAGGGUGACCAUAAUACUGAAUACAACCCUUUCACUGGGAAUUUUGAACUGUCUUGUGAACCUCACAAAGAUUCCUCUAGCUUCCUCAUGGCUUCACCUCUCCAAGGGUCUGGUUCAGAGCUUGCCUCAAAGAAUGAAAUGGAAUUAGACAGGAGAAGUGUCAUAUUCUCUUCAAGUGCUUGUGACCAAAUAAACACCCCGGUGCAAUCAUAUUCUGGUGUCAGUUGUUUGGACAAAGAGUUUUCUGAGCAUGUGCCAAAGGGUCUUUGGGCAGGAGCUAGCCAAUCUCUGCCUAGCUCUCAUGCCUUCUCCCAUAGUGGGCUGAUAGCAGACCCAUUGCCAGGAAGGUUGCGGCCAAACACUAGUUGUCCUGUGCCAAUUAAAGUAUGCCCUCGUUCUCCCCCUUUGGAAACUAGAACAAGGACAUCCAGCUCAUGCUCCUCCUACUCAUAUGCAGAAGAUGGCAGUGGGGGAUCCCCUUGUAGCCUUCCUCUUCUUGAAUUUUCAUCAUCUCCCUGUUCACAAGGCCCACGGUUCCCAUCCACUGAUCAUCAAGAAGCUUGUUCAAUGGCUGACUCAAUCUUUAAUCAAGUACGGCCACAGAUAAAAUGUGAGCAGUCUUAUGGAACAAACUCAAGUGACGAAUCUGGAUCAUUUUCAGAAGCUGACAGUGAGUCAUGUCCGGUGCAAGACAGAGGGCACGAGGUUAAGCUGCCCUUUCCAGUUGAUCAAAUCACAGAUCUUCCACGUAAUGAUUUCCAGAUGAUGAUAAAAAUGCACAAGCUGACCUCAGAACAGUUGGAAUUCAUUCAUGACAUUCGACGGCGGAGCAAAAACAGAAUAGCUGCACAGCGAUGUCGCAAGAGAAAACUCGACUGUAUACAGAAUUUAGAAUGUGAAAUACAUAAGCUGGUAUGUGAAAAAGAAAAGUUAUUAACAGAAAGGAACCAGCUAAAGGCCUGCAUGGGAGAGCUACUCGACAACUUCUCUUGCCUAUCCCAAGAAGUGUGUAGAGAUAUUCAGAGUCCUGAGCAGAUUCAAGCCCUACACAGGUACUGUCCUGUUUAGCCUUUGGAUCUACCCACAGCAGCUGCAUUCAACCCUUUACCAGCAGGAAUAGAGCAAAAACUUACCACGUCCCAGGAUGUGGGAGAAAACAUGCAGUGCUGCAAUGAGCAAGGUCAAGUCCAGCUUGGAAGUCACUCAGUUUCAAACAAUAUACCAGAGAAUUGUAUAGCAAGAAGGUGUGGAGGGUCUGAUCAUGGUACUUACUCAGAGAGAGAGACUUGUUUGGAACCAAACAGCCAAACAGUGACAGUGGACUUCUGUCAAGAGAUGACCGAGAAAUGUACAACGGAUGAACAACCAAGGAAAGAUUUCUCCUAGUGAUGUUACAGCCGCAUGGUCAAACAGAAGUCACCUGUCAGCCUUGGGCUGCCACUGCCUCCAGAAAACAUUAUUGGUGCACACUAUACAGCAGUCUUAGCAGCAAUAAUGUUUUAUAAGUAUUUUCCUCCUCUCUGAAAGUUGGAGAUCCAGUCACGAUGGUGCUAUACCUUGCUCAGGCAAGGAACUAGACAGUGGCUACACUGUCCUCCUUGUGUUCUAUAAUAUUUGUUAAGGUAUUCUAAUUUCAGAUCUUAACAGGGAUGGAUUAAUACUCAUGAUGAGACCCAACUGCAGCUUAUAUUCUCAGUGACCCGUGUCACAAACCCUAUCUCAGGAAUUUCCUCAGAAUGUUCAUUUGUUUUCAUUAAAGACCGCUAAUCAAGAUUUUAUAGGUGAACUGUAUAUAGGUUCUAUAUCCAUAUGCAAAAAGUCCAUGCAUCCCUCGAUCUUCACAACAUAAAACUGGAAGUCAACGCUUCUUUUCUGUUCACACAAUAUCCAACAUUCCUUUUAAUCUCAUUGAUGCCACAGACUGCUUCACAUUUUUUUUCAGUCUGACACUAUCUUUCAGUUUUUAGUUAUUUAUAAACCGCUUAUUGUAAUUUUUUUAUUACUUAUGAGCUUUUAGCGCCACACUGCGCCAGUCUUCAUUUCAAUCAAGUCAUAUUUUUGUCGGUUUUUUCUUACACAGACUUUCUCUUAGCCACAUGCACUGAGUUUCGCUGUCGUGUGUCAAUUUACCAUGACUACAUAUGCAUUAUUUGUUUGUAUAACAAAGAAAACAAAAAAGAAAGAAAAUACUCAGGAUAUUAGGGUGUAGGAAUAUUUUCUUGCCAAAUAUUACAUUUACCAUAUAGUGUAAAAUUUCAACACACAUUUUCCCCAGUUCCAGCUACUGUACUUAAAAACUGUUCUUAAGAUUGAACUUUGCUUGAUGCCGUCUCUGGACUUUUGUAGGUGUUUUUCUUUUCUGAGAAACAUGUUUUAAAUCAGAAUCUGUAAAUAUGCUGACAAAGGGAGUUGCUGCAGUCCAUCAAACCAAUGAAAAUCACAUACCUCAUAGUAACAGUGCAGGAAUUCCAUCGUACAUUUUUACAAAAUAGUUUCUAUUCGGUUUUUAGAAAGAAACUUAUCCUGGCUUCCCUGGGUGUUUUCCUUAGUGACACGGCCACAAACAAUUCCUAUAAUGUAUCUGAUAAGGAUAUGCUGUAUUGCUGGGUAUUGGAAGACAAAAACGUUAGAAUUAACUGUUGUUCGUUUGAAUUGUUGCUAUGCAAGGCAGCUCAGAUGUUUAAUGAAGUAGGUUUUGACCAUGUAGUGCACAUUUGUGCUGCAGCAGUCUCUCAGUUGAGUAAGCUCGGUAACUUAUAUUGGUUGCCCCAUUCCCUCUGCUUUGCCUGUAACAUAAAUGAAAAUGAAAUUGCUUUUCAGUUUUUUUCCAUACACAGUUGUACUUUCUAUCUUGAGUAAAUAGUGACUUUUUGCUCAAGAUUCUCCCUAUAUACAGUCUAGUGUCAUAGAAUGUCUUUCUCCAUCCACCUGUAACCCCAUUCCAGAAUGAUCAGUAUCAAGGCAGUCAGAAUUGGUUAAUGA